UGUGCACAGGUGCAACCUUCCUCCUCUAUCCAGCGAAUACAGCAGGGACGUUGGAUCGAAAACCCAGCUGGUGACUGCAAAUCCCAGUAUCAUUCAGAAAAGGUUCCAGAAUCUGCUGUGGUCUCGAAAAGCAUUUGUGGACAGUGUGAAGGUGUACAACCACAGCUACAUCUACAUGCCAGCCUUCUCGAUGAAGACAGGGACAGGACCCUCCCUACGUGUCUACUACACCCUGGAGGACUUCGGUGCCAAGCAGGCGGUCCUGUUUGCCAACCCCAAUUUCCUGCGUGACAUUGGCAAGUUCUGGAAGAGCAAAGGUAUCCACGCCAAACGGCUUUCCACAGGACUCUUCCUGGUCAGUGCCGCCCUUGGGCUGUGUGAAGAAGUAACAAUUUAUGGCUUCUGGCCGUUCUCGGUGGACCUGCACGGGAAGUUUAUUAGCCAUCAUUACUACGACAAUGUCUUGCCCGAUUCUGGAUUCCACGCCAUGCCAGAGGAGUUUCUACAGCUCUGGUUUCUUCACAAAAGUGGUGUACUGAGAAUGCAGCUAGAACCAUGCGAGGACCCUUCAAUCCAGUCUUCUGCCUGAGGAUCGUAGGAUUUGGUUUGGGAGAUCCAAUGGUUUUUAAUUUCCAUGCUCUCCGACAGAGAGUUCUGUUUUCUGUUGAUUCUUUUUAAAGGGAAAAUAAUCAUGGAUCUGCAUGGACCAUAAAAAUGCUACUUGAAGGCCAAAUGGAAUACGUCCUUAAUGUAUAGUGCUUUAUGGAACUGGGGUGGGGGAAAGCGAAUCUCUCCAUCGAGUCCAUUCAGCAGCAUUGUGAAAAUAAUGUCAGAAGCAGCACAGCUGAACUUUCGGGGGGACAUUUUUGAAUGACUGAUGUAAAAAAGGGCAUUAAGGCUCGGAGAGACACAGGGCCACCCACAAGCUUUUGCUGACAGUGCCAAAUAUGACUGUCUGUUCAAAAAUCCAUUUCAUUCCAGAUUGGCACCUCGUACAACUUUCCUUUUUCCUUUUCUUUUUUUUUCCCCCCUCUGUGUGUGUGGGUGUGUAGGAGAGCAUGUGUGUGUUGUUGACUUUCUUUGUUUCGGUCCUUUUUCUUUUUUUCUUUUUUUUUUCUUUUACAUUGGUUUUUUUUUCCUGGUGGAAGAAAAAAGGAAAGGGUUAAAAGCCCCAGGAGCUGAGUACCAUCAACUCCUCUAAAGACUCUUGGGAGAGCGAUGGGUGCUAAGAAUCUGGUUAGAAGAAUGUCCUAGGAAUGCCCUGCUACUGGGUAUGGGUGGACCUGCUUGCUGUAGGUUUCAUGAGGGUAGUUUAAGUCACUGCACCUAUAGCUAUACGUAUAUGCUAUACUGUGGGCAAGACCUGGUUAAGGGAAAUUUGUCUGAAAAUAAAACUUGUGUUACAAAACCA